AUGCCGCCGCCCGCCGGCGUCGACAUCCGCCGCGCGCUCUGCGCGGCGGUCAUCAAGUCCGCGUUCCAGCCUCACGCACACCUCGUCGCCGCCGACCCUUCCCUCCUCGCCGCCGUCAUCCACAGCCUCUCCCCGCUGCCCUCCUCCGCUCUCGCCUUCUUCCGCGCGCUGCCGCCCCCGCACCCGCUCGAAGCCUCCCUCGCGCUCCUCCGGCUCCUCGCCCCGCACCCGCGCCACCACCCCGCCGCCCGCGCAUUCAUCCUCGACCUCUCCCUCCGCCACCCGCUCUCCUCCCCGCUCCUCCUCCCCUCCCUCCUCUCCGAACCCCACGUCCCGAGCUGGCUCCUCCUCGCGCUCUCCCACUCCCACUCCGCCCGCCCCCACGACGCCGCCCGGGUGUUCGACCAAAUGCGCGCGCGCGGCCUAGCGCCCGACGCCCACGCCUGCACCGCGCUGCUCACCGCGCUCGCCAGGGCCCGGAUGACGGCCACCGCGCACAAGGUGUUCAACGAAAUGGGCCGGGCCGGGGUCGCCAUGAACACGCACGUCUACAACGCCAUGCUGCACGUGUGCCUCAAGGCCAGGGACGCCUUACGGGCGGAGGGUUUGAUGACGAGGAUGGACGCUGCCGGCGUGCCGCUGGACCGCUUCUCGUUUAACACCGUGAUCGCGCUGUAUGUUAGGAAGGGGAUGCAGUACGAGGCCAUGUGCGUGCGCGAGAGGAUGCAGGAUGAGGGCGUCGAGCCCGACAUCGUGACGUGGAACACCGUGAUCCAUGGGUUGUGUAAGGAAGGGAGGAUGAAAGAGGCAGCACAGCUCCGUACAGACAUGAUCGCAGCAGCGGUAGAGCCAGACACUGUGACAUACACCACGCUGGUCGACGGGUAUUGCCGGAUCGGCGAUGUGGGGGAGGCGGUCAAGUUGCGAGAGGAGAUGGAGGCAGGGGGGAUGGUACCGGGUGUCGCGACGUACAAUGCGAUCAUUAGGAAGCUCUGUGAGGAUGGCAAGAUGAAAGAGGUAAAUGGCUUGCUUAGCGAGAUGGACGGGAGGAAGGUGCAGGCUGACCACGUGACUUGCAACACGCUGAUCAACUCAUACGCCAAGAGGGGGGACAUGACCUCAGCGUGCAAGGUCAAGAAGAGGAUGAUGGAGUCAGGGUUGCAAUUGGAUCAGUUCACUUACAAAGCUCUCAUCCAUGGAUUCUGCAAGGCCAAGGAGCUGGAUGAAGCCAAGGAAGCCUUGUUUGAGAUGAUGGGUCGAGGAUUUUCACCCAAUUAUAGUGUAUUCUCAUGGCUCGUCGAUGGUUUCUGCAAGAAGAAUAACACGGAUGCAGUGCUACUCAUUCCUGAUGAACUUAUAAAAAGAGGCCUUCCACCAGAUAAAUCAGUAUAUAGGUCUCUAAUCCGAAGGCUUUGCAAGAAAGGGCUGGUUGAUCUUGCACAAAAAGUACUUCACCAAAUGCAAGGCAAAGGUCUAGAAGUUGAUUGUCUUGUGUAUGCUACUCUUGCUUAUGCACAUCUGACUGCAGGAAAGGUGGCUGCUGCUUCAGAUAUAUUGAACGAAAUGGCAAGGAAGCAGAUGUCUGUGACGCCCCAGAUUUACAACUGCCUGUGUACUUCCUACGGGGAUGAGAAGGCGACACUGAAUAUGUUCUGGGUUCACACCAUCGAGAGAGGCCUGAUUGCGAAGAGUGUGUACAAACUGAUGCACCAAGCAAGGCUGAAAUAAUCGAAGUCUUCAGUUAACAGUGAGGGAUAUGCUUCCAUUUCAAUGCCGAGUUUGCAAACGCCUGCAAAUUGAGAUAUCGCGUGUUUACCGUAUAUGUAAAAUUGUUUUCAGGCGCCUUGUGAAUUGGCAUCACAUCUUCUUGUUGUUGAAGUUCACAAGCGAUGUUCCCGGCAUUUCGAUGUAGCAUCCACGUACCUGUUCAGCAGGAUUACAGGAGUAUCUGCAAUUUAUGGGAGCAAGUUCAGGUGGCAAGACCUUGUUGUGAAAGCCAGAUAUAGGAGGGCAUGUCUGUCUACUGCUCAGUAGUCGGGAUUUGCAGAGCCUGCGCGGGGUUUUCAAUUGAAGUGUGUCCUGUGAUUUAUUGUUUUUGUUGAGGGAAAAAGGAGCGAUGCACAUAUCUAUGCAGGGAAUAAAGUUCAGAUGCUUAGGCUGGAUUAUGCCUUAGCUCACAGAUUAGGAAUUCUCUUCCAAAAAAAGAAACAGAUUAGGAAUUUUCUGUACAGUUUACUGUGUACAUUUCUGCUUUAGGGAUUGUCAACUUGUGUA